UUUAAUGACAAGAAUACCAUACCACUCAUUCUCUUCUCUUAUUACUUUUUCAUUUCUAAUUUUAUAUUAUUGCUUAUGGUGCUUUUCGUUGCAAGCACCAAGACCGCCGCCACGAUACUCGGGAUAGCUCGCACAAUGUCAACCUCGCCGACCCAGAGCGCCGGCCCACUUGAAAAGCUGAUCCGCCAGCGCAUCCAGGAGCAGUACGCGCCCGUGCAGCUGGAGAUCAAAAACGAGUCUCACAAGCACCGUCACCACGCACCCAUGGAGGGGGUCAGCAGCACGGAAACGCACUUCCACGUCAGAGUUGUUUCGGACAAGUUUGCCAGCCUCACGCUGUUGAAGCGGCAGCGCGGAAUAUACGAGCUGCUGAAGGAUGAGAUGCAGCGAGAGGGCGGCAUCCAUGCACUGUCGCUGGUUACAAAGACGCCCAAAGAGGUUGGCAUUGUCGACGAGAUUUUGACAGAGCAGGUAUAAGGUGAGGAAAGAUGAAUGAGAGCGAUGAACAUGAGCAGGGCGUGCAUAGAAUCCGGGCAAUUGCAGCAGAAAUAAUGUUCUAGUUUGGUUGCCCUUUUUUAACAAUGUGGCAAAUCAAAAAUGAAAUAAAGUUAAUUAUUGCAAAGAUACGAUUUUAACAUCUAAGUCACACCUCUUCCAACACUCUCAUCGCACACAUUUCCCCCAAUACCCAACUCAGCUUUAUUUUCGGCACACUUUUGCAUUGAGCACUUCUUUUGGCACACUCCGGCCGCGACUGCCGCUUCCAGAUGAUUCAUGAUAUUCUGCAUAGCUAUAGGGAUGCAUACAGCGCUUAGAUACUAUACAUGAAGAGCAAUGAUUCGGGUUUACAAAGGUU